AUACUCGACACCGCUAAUAGGGCCAAGCUUUGCCGCCCUAACAAAUGGAUCUGUAACAGACAAGGUUACACCCGACAUGGCCCAUUUGGUACAUCCAUACUGGAAUCAAUUUCCCGCUAUGGAACCAAAAUGGGCUAAAUUUUUGGCCGCUUAUAUGGUACUGAUUGCCACGAUUUCAUGGUGCGGCAACGGUGUGGUGAUUUAUAUCUUCUCCACCACCAAAUCUCUGCGUACGCCUGCAAAUUUAUUAGUUAUUAAUCUAGCGAUAUCCGAUUUUGGUAUCAUGAUCACCAAUACGCCCAUGAUGGGCAUAAAUCUCUUCUACGAGACAUGGGUAUUGGGUCCAUUGAUGUGUGAUAUUUACGGCGGCCUGGGUUCAGCCUUUGGCUGCAGCUCGAUAUUGUCCAUGUGCAUGAUCUCAUUGGAUCGUUACAAUGUCAUUGUCAAGGGUAUGGCGGGUCAGCCUAUGACCAUUAAAUUGGCCAUAAUGAAAAUUGCCUUGAUCUGGUUUAUGGCUAGUAUUUGGACCUUGGCGCCAGUAUUUGGCUGGAGCAGGUAUGUGCCCGAGGGCAACUUGACCUCAUGCGGUAUUGAUUAUUUGGAACGUGACUGGAAUCCACGUUCAUAUUUGAUCUUCUAUUCGAUAUUUGUAUACUAUUUACCUUUGUUCUUGAUCUGCUAUUCCUAUUGGUUUAUCAUUGCGGCUGUAUCGGCUCACGAAAAAGCCAUGCGCGAACAAGCCAAGAAAAUGAAUGUCAAAUCCUUGCGCUCUUCUGAGGAUGCCGACAAGAGUGCCGAGGGAAAAUUGGCCAAAGUUGCCUUGGUUACCAUCUCCUUGUGGUUCAUGGCCUGGACUCCUUACACCAUCAUCAAUACCUUGGGUCUAUUCAAAUAUGAGGGUCUUACACCCUUGAACACCAUCUGGGGAGCUUGCUUUGCCAAAUCGGCAGCCUGCUACAAUCCCAUUGUCUAUGGUAUCAGCCAUCCCAAAUACCGCAUUGCCUUGAAAGAGAAAUGCCCCUGCUGUGUCUUUGGCAAAGUUGAUGAUGGCAAAGCGAGCGAUGCCACCUCUCAGGCUACCAACAAUGAAUCCGAAACCAAGGCCUAAAUUCUACGACUACCGACAAAACUACUAUCACCACCACCACCACCAGUACCACCUCAAUACUUUAAAUAGCAACUUAACUAAAUACUUUAAUCAAGAAAACAUCUUAUUAUUAGCAACUGCAGCAACAGAACGAACGCUUUCGUAGUAUACAACUUUAAAAAACAAAACAAAAAAAAAAACUUUAAUUAUUUUUUGAUUGUUGUAUUUGUCAAGUGUUAAACCGAUUAUGUAUUAUUUAUACCACAUUAAAACAUCAACAAAGAUUUAUAAAAAAAAAUAGUUAAAGAAAACAAAAAAAAAACUGUAAUACUUGCAAUGUCAUUAAAGACGAAAAAAAUACAAAAAAAAAGAAAUUUAAAAAAU